GAUGGCGGGCUCCCUGUUUCCGCCCUGUAUUUUUUCCUACUUCCGCCUGCACGCUGCCCCCCCUCUUCCUUUUCCUCAGUGCAGCGGGAGCAGUAUCGGAGUCUGAAGACUUCAUCUCCUGACUAAAGGAGAAACUAACGAUUAAAAAAUGGGGUUUGUCAAGGUUGUUAAGAAUAAGGCGUAUUUCAAGAGAUACCAGGUCAAAUUCCGGAGAAGGAGAGAGGGCAAGACGGACUUCUUUGCCCGUAAGCGCCUCGUCAUCCAGGACAAGAACAAGUACAACACGCCUAAGUAUCGCAUGAUCGUUAGAUUCUCCAACAGGGAUAUUGUUUGCCAGAUCGCAUAUGCCAAAAUUGAAGGCGAUGUGGUCGUCUGCGCUGCUUACUCUCACGAGUUGCCGAGAUACGGCGUUUCUGUGGGGUUGACCAACUAUGCCGCUGCCUACUGCACAGGACUGCUGCUGGCACGUCGGCUGCUGAAUAAGUUUGGUCUGGAUAAGGUGUACGAGGGCCAGGUGGAGGUGACGGGUGAGGAGUUUAACGUGGAGAGCAUCGACGGCCAGCCGGGAGCGUUUACCUGCUACCUGGACGCCGGUCUGACCAGAACCACCACCGGGAAUAAAGUAUUCGGGGCCCUGAAAGGAGCGGUGGAUGGAGGACUGUCCAUCCCACACAGCACUAAGCGGUUCCCGGGCUACGACUCGGAGAGCAAAGAGUUCAACAAUGAGGUCCACAGAAAACACAUCCUGGGUAUCAACGUGUCCGAGUACAUGAGCAGUCUGAUAGAGGAGGACGAGGAGGCCUACAAGAAACAGUUCUCCCGCUUCAUCAAGAAUGGCGUCACACCAGAUUCGGUGGAGGAAAUGUACAAGAAGGCUCACGCCGCUAUUCGUGAGAAUCCCGUACACGAGAAGAAGCCCAAGAAGGAAGUGAAGAAGAAGAGGUGGAACCGUGCCAAACUGACUCUGGGUCAGAGGAAGGACCGUGUCGCUCAGAAGAAGGCCAGCUUCCUGCGUGCUCAGGCGGCCGCCGAGGACGACGAGUGACCGACGAGUGAACGACCUCCUCACACCGCUCCCGAGAAAAUGUGUGCACCUUUCUCCAAAUAAAAGAUUUGGGAAAAGUAA